CUUGCGCUGCCUCAAGAUCCUGUGGCUGAGUGGCACGGGGCUGGGCACCCUGCCUGAGGGGCUGUGCCAGCUGGGCACCCUGGAAAGCCUCAUGCUGGAUGGGAACCAACUGCGGGUCCUGCCCCCCGGCUUCGGCCGUCUUCAGCGCCUCAAGAUGCUGAACCUCUCCUCCAACUUGCUGAGUGAGUUCCCCGAGGCUGUGCUUGCCCUGCCCAGCCUGGAGGAGCUCUACCUGAGCCGCAACCAGCUCACCCUGCUGCCUGCCCGCGUCUGCCAGCUGCACCAGCUCCGUACCCUCUGGUUGGACAACAACCGCAUCCGCUACCUGCCCGAUUCUGUUGUUCAGCUCCACAACCUGGAGGAACUCGUGCUGCAGGGCAACCAGAUCGCCAUCCUGCCCGAGGGCUUUGGGCAGCUCUCACGGGUCACCCUCUGGAAGAUCAAGGACAACCCACUCAUCCAGCCCCCUUACGAGGUUUGCAUGAAGGGCAUCCCCUACAUUGCCGCUUACCAGCAGGAGUUGGCGCACUCCCAGCCUGCUCUCAAGCCCCGGCUCAAGCUGGUCCUCAUGGGCCUGAAGGAUGCUGGCAAGACCCUGCUGAGAAGGUGCCUGAUGGAGGAGGAGAGGCAGAGAGACUCUCCCCUGGUUGCAGCUGGCAAAGAUGCUGGGAGAACCCAGCAGCAACAAGACAUCACCCUGGGCCCAACUCCCGAAGGUGUUGGGAAAAUACAGCUAGGACGUAGCCCCAUGACUGAGCCCCGAGAUGCUUUGUCUUCAAAAGGCUCCUCUCUAGGAUAUGCCUCCAUUGAGCAGCAGGACUCGCUGCUGUCUCCAUCCCUUAAAGUUGCUGGGAAAAUCAAGUUAGAGCACCAGGAUGCCUGUCUGUUUCCAUCCCCAAAAGUUAAUGGAGAAGCCCAGAUAGGACACUUCUCCAUGCUGCUGGAGCGAGAUGCCUCCUUGACACCAUUGGUAGCAGGACUUCCAGGCACCAGCCAGGGCAUCGAGGUGACGGACUGGACAGCAGAUGUAGAGAGGGGUCUGACCUUCAUUGUGUAUGAGCUGGCAGGUGACCCUAGCUAUGAUGUGAUCCAAUCAUUCUUCCUUUCGCCGGGAGCCCUGUAUGUGCUGGUGGUGAACCUGAGUGCCUACACCCCACAUUGCUUCUACUCUGCAGUGGGCUACUUCCUGCACUGGCUAGGUGCCAAAGUGCCCCAUGCUGUAGUGUGCAUAGUGGGCACCCAUGCUGACCUGUGCGCUGAGCGGGAAUUGGAGGAAAAGUGUCUGGACAUCCACCACCAAAUUGCCCUGCAGGAGAAGCGGGAUGCCGAGGGACUCCAGAGUUUGGCCCAGCAGGUGGACGAUGCCCUGGGACAGGACUUUGACCUGCGUUGCUCCAGCCCUCACACUGUCUUCUAUGGGGUUUCAGAUAAGAACCUGCGGCGCAAGAAGGCCCAGUUCCAGUAUCUGCUCAACCACCGGCCGCAGAUCCUCUCACCUGUGCUCGCCAUCAGCUGCCAGGACCACUACCAAGUGCGCCGCCUGCGGGACAAGCUUCUGUCAGUAGCUGAGCACCGGGACAUCUUCCCAAACCUGCAUCGGGUGCUACCCAAGUCCUGGCAGGUGCUGGAAGAGCUGCACUUCCAGCCGCAGGCUCAGCAACUGUGGCUCAGCUGGUGGGAUUCGGCGCGGCUGGGCUUGCAGGCGGGCCUGACCGAGGACCGACUCCAGAGUGCCCUGUCCUAUCUGCAUGAAAGUGGCAAGCUGCUGUACUUCGAGGAGCAUUUGACUCUGCGGGAGUAUGUAUUCCACAAUCUGCCAAGGCUCAUUGACAUCCUCAAUGUCUUCUGCCAGCAGGACACUACGGUGCUGCUCCAGAAACUGCUCAGUGACGCCCAGGUAGAUGAACUGAGAGCCACCCAGCUCCACCACUAUGUGGAAGGAUUCCUGCUGCAUGGGCUCCUUCCUGCCCAUGUAAUCCGCCUGCUUCUUAAGCCCCAUAUUCAGAGCCGGGAGGACCUGCAGCUUAUCCUGGAGCUGCUGGAGAAAAUGGGGCUCUGCUACUGCAUCAAUAAGCCCAAAUGCAAACCCCUCAAUGGGGCCACUGCCUGGUACAAGUUCCCCUGCUAUGUGAAGAAUGAGGUGCCCCAUGCAGAGGCGUGGAUUAAUGGUACAAACCUGAGUGGACAGUCUCUUGUCAUUGAACAGUUGCAGAUUGAAUACACCUUCCCCUUUAUUUUCCCUCCUGGAUUAUUUGCACGAUACAGUGUCCAGAUUAACAGUCAUGUGGUUCAGCGGUCUGAUGGCAAAUACCAGAUUUAUGCCUACAGGGGAAAAGUACCUGUGGUGGUGAGUUACAGGCCUGCUAGGAGCACUCUGCAACCAGAUACUCUGUCUAUUGCUAGUCACGCAUCUCUACCAAAUAUAUGGACAGCCUGGCAAGCUAUUACCCCCUUAGUGGAAGAACUGAAUGUACUGCUUCAAGAGUGGCCAGGUCUCUACUACACUGUGCACAUCCUCUGUUCCAAGUGCCUUAAAAGGGGAUCGCUGAACCCAUACGCUUUUCCAGGAGAAUUGCUGAGUCAGCCUAGACCAGAGGGAGUGAUGGAAAUAAUCUGCCCCAGAAAUGGCAGCGAGAGAGUCAAUGUCGCAUUGAUUUAUCCCCCAACCCCGACAGUCAUCAGCCCUUGUUCCAAGUGAGCUCUGAGAGACGCACGGACCCCCAAUUUCAGUACAUGCCAAAAACCCUACAGAAGACAAGCCCUUGCUAAGCAUUUUUGAAAACUAGCCGCCACAGAGCCCAGGGACUGUUCUAAUUAUUAAUGGGAUGUGGACAUCCCCUUCUCAGAAUAAAGGUACAGUAAAGCAAAAUCCUCUUCAGUUUGUUUUGCUGGAUGAAGGAAAUGUUUGACUAACUGGUGAUUCUUCUUUGAGUGCUGGUCCGUGUGCCUAUUCCAUCUGUGGAUACACAUGCACACCAUGCUCCCGUGCCCAGAGAAUUUAACAAGCAGUGUCUGUUGGUGCAGAUCUCCUCGUGUUCCCAAGUUGAGGGUAUCAGAGGCAGUGUGAGUAGACACCACCUCAGUUCCUUCUAACCACCACAUGGCCAGAGUCAGAAUCCAGUGUCCUCUCCUUCUUCAGCCUUUCAGAAA